AUGGAAGGCACAGAAGACGAACGUAGAAACCAAAAUAUAGAUGAGAUAAUCAAUAAUGAAUGUAAUAUUGCAAUUCUGCAAUCUAAUCAGAUAAUGCUCGCUUUGCAGCUUCAUGCAACUUUGACAGGCGCGAAUCUCAUUGCAUUCACUCCGCCGAUGUCGAACAUGUUUGCCGAGUUCCACGACCAUCUUCGGGCUCUGAAGCGAAUCAUAGCGCUUGUGGGAGCUGGACUAUCGGCAUCUUCUGGUCUACCGACAUUUCGAGGAACUCAAGGACUUUGGAAAAAUUUCAAUAUGAUCGACUUGGCGACUCCGGAUUCGUUUUAUAUAGAUCCCGGGUUGGUUUGGCAAUUUUAUUCGUGGAGACGACAACUAGCACUUGAAGCACAACCCAAUAAUGGUCACAGGGCAUUAGCAAAGCUUUCUCAUGUUCACAAAGACUUCAUUACAAUUACUCAAAAUGUCGAUGGCUUGCUGGCUCGAGCCAACCAUAAUCCCGAACGACUAUUGGAAUUGCAUGGAUCACUCUUUGAACUCAAAUGUACGGGGUUCACCUGCAAUUACAUCGACCACGAAAACUUUAACCAUCCUCUUACCCCACAAUUGGCAGGAACCGAACAAGAAAAAGAGAGUAGUGAUGGUUCACCAGAAUUUACUCCAGUGAAACAACUUUCCGAAAAAGAUCUUCCAUGUUGUCCAGUGUGCGGAGAAUUGCUUCGACCUGGAGUAGUAUGGUUUGGAGAAUCACUUCCAUUGAUAACCAUCGAUACAAUUGAUAAUUUUCUUCAACAGGGAAAGGUCGAUUUGAUACUAGUAAUUGGUACUAGCGGAACAGUAUAUCCUGCCAACAGCUACGUUGAACGAGUACGUUUACAGGGCGGAAAGGUUGCGAUAUUCAAUACAGAUAUCGAAGAGGAUAUUUUGCAGGGAAAACAGAAGGAUACUUGGGGCUUUCAUGGCGAUGCAGCCGAGCUUCUUCCAUUGGCAUUGGAGCCAUUAAUAGGUCAACUAUCGGAACGAUAG